AUGGAACCUGGAUCAGUUUUAGUGGAAGAUGCAGACAAUGGGUGGAAAUUGGUUGAUGAAGUGUUUCGUCUGAUUAAAUCGAAGCUGCCGUUUGAUCUACAAAAGACUCAGCCAGUUGUUGAAUUCAGACAAGCUGCUGAACUUCAGAAAAUUUUGGAAGUUACCCUCGACGACGAGAAGGUUUCGUUCGAGCAGCUGAUUGAACUCUGCAGCCGAGUAAUCCGCUUCAGCGUAAAAACAGGACAUCCGUUUUUCCGCAAUCAGUUGUACGCUGGCGCUGAUCCUUACGGCUUGGCGGCUUCUUUCAUGAUCGAGGCAUUGAAUACGAACUUGUAA